AUGGCUCGUGCGGCUGGGAAACGAGGCGGCAAGCCCAAGGCUACGACAGCUCCUGUAACGCAGCCUCAGACUCAAUCUACCGCUGGCCCUCCCACGCCGUUCGAGUAUGCCCCGGCGUCCUUGCAGCCCUUUCUCUCCACGCUGCCGACCGAUCACAUCUACCUCGUCCAUCUCGAUGUGACGCCCACGAGCCUAAAGAAGAGAGUCUUCUUGGUCCCUCUCCUACUCAACCUGCUCAUUACCAUCGGCCUCUGCAUCCGCGCCUACUAUGCUGCACCUGUCUACCUUCAACAGAUCAUUACCAUCUUCGGAUAUGAUACUGAUUAUAAAGUGGACGCAAAGAAGGCGAGCGCUGGUGAGCUCGUGUCCACAAUUGCUUCGAGGACAGCGUUGUUGAUGGUGGAUUAUACUAUCUUCGCACUCAUUGGUAGCUGGCCUAAACAGUUUAUGUUCGGAAGCAGAUGGUCUCGAUACACAGGCCCGUGGACAUGGAGAAGGACCAUCGGUUUCCAGGAUACAGAGAUCAUUGUGAGGUGUGGUAGAAUGUGGGAUACACCGCUGCUCACGAGCGAAGUACCGGAACAGACCAAGACCUGGGUGGUUGAUGAAGAGUUGACUAUCAAGGUCAAAGUCGAACCGGCAAUGCGACCGAGCUAUCUAGCGAAGACUGGCUCUUUGCUUCUGGACAAAGACUGGGAUCUCGACUACAAGGCCAUGGUGGAUGCGCACAGACUGGAUCAGGAUGGCACAAUACAAAUGAGAGAUAUGAGCAAUCUGACAAUGGUCUACUAUCAGAAGCGUUGGCUCAUUUGGCGUGUCUACGACCAACGGGACAUUACUCCGGAGGAAGCCGAGCAAGACAGUGUCGUGGAGAAGUUCAGGCGGAAACUUGCAGAGUGUGGCGCAGAAAGCGUCUUUUUCCGUUGGAUUGAGAUUGUCCAAUUCGAGACUUCUCAGCCGGGCGGUUUUACGCCAGGGCGACAAGCUGAUGCUCUUCGUGAAUUGAAGCGACUCUUAGCGAAACGAGGUGUUGAUUACGGCCAGUUCUGGGAUGAUAUAGGCGGCCAGGCUGGCGUACCUGGAUUUGCGCAGACAUAG